AUGGUACUCUUUGUUGAAUGGAAAUUGAAGAAAGGAAGAUUAAUAAUCGAUCUUCUUUUCUCACUGCGCAGUUUGUCAAAUAAAAAACUCGAUCAUUUGAUUUCAAUCGAUGUACUUUCUGAUAAUUAUGAUGACCAUUGUCAAGAACAAUUACAAGAUUUACUCGAUCGAGCACCCCGUUUAACUUCAAUACGUAUCAGUUGGAAGACAUUGAGCAGUUCUCUUCAACAACUAUUCGAAAGUCGACAUUUAUCUGUCUAUCAAUUAGAGCUGCUUUACUAUGGAGGAACUUUCGAUCGAGAACAAUGCAUGAUGCUUAGAAAAGUUAUAUCAACUAUUCAAUGUCGAGUAUUGAACCUUGUUCUAGAAGAUCGGACAUUUAUACUUGAUCUGAUCAAUACAAUGCCUCAUCUUCAAGCAAUCAAUGUUCAAUGUCGAACUGGUAAGCGACAUCCAUCAUCAAAAAUAACCGAGAAAAAUUCUGCAUGGUUACAACAACAAUUAUCAUCGACAGAUAUGCAUGCAAUAAUUACUCAACAAAAUGAUUUUAUUCGAUUGUGGAUUCGUUAA